AGUAUAGGAUACUCAUACUGAUGACGGGACAUUUGAAGAAUGCCACAGUUGCCGUAGAUGCGCUGUCAAUAUGUAUGACUAUAAACGGAUGGGAAAUGAUGAUUCCUCUUGCUUUCUUCGCCGGUACCGGGGUAAGGGUGGCGAACGAGCUCGGAGCUGGGAACGGGAAAGCGGCAAAGUUUGCGACCCAAGUAUCGGUUGCAGAAUCAACAGUGAUAGGGGUGUUAUUCUGCGCAGUGAUAAUGGGAUUUCACGACCAGCUUGCCUACAUGUUCACGUUAUUGUCGAACUCAUGGGGCUAG